UCGACAAGUAAUAUCCUCAUCCCAAGAAAAAGAGAAGAUAAAAAAAAAGGAAAAAUGGCAUCCUCGACCAAACCCGCCCUCGUGUUCGUCACCGGAUCCUUCGUCAUGGCGACACACUACGAGUUCCUCAUGGAAGCCAUCAAAACCAAAGGAUACCCCGCGCAGGUCAUCCAACUCAAGACCGCUGGCACACGCCGUCCCGGCCCUCUCCCGACCAUGUACGACGAUGCCGCGGACAUCAAUGCUGCGGCUGCCAAGUUUGCCGACGAGGGGCGGGAUGUAGUUGUGGUGGCGCACUCUUACGGCGGUGUUCCGGCGACCCAAAGCUUGAAGGGUGUGACCAAGGCUGAGAGGGAGAAGGAAGGAAAGCAGGGUGGGGUCGUGAGACUUGCUUAUAUGACGGCGUUGGCGCCCGAACUGGGUGCUCCGGCUGGUAGCUUGUUUUUCGAAGGAAGCGGAGCACGCCCCGAUUUGAUGGCGCCUGGUGAGGACGGAUGGCUCUAUCAUACUAACCUGGAGCUUUCAAGAGAGGUCUGCUUCAAUUCCUUGACAGUCGAAAAGGGUAAAGAAGUGGCCGAAGAGUUUGUCAACCACUCCUCGCUGGCUUUUGUCAACGAGCUCACACACGCGGGGUACAAAGACGUCCCCGUGUCUUAUCUCUUCUGCGAAGACGACAAAUGCGUUACACCCCCUAUACAACAGAGGGUCAUUGACACUAUCGAGAGUGCCAGUGGGAGAAAAGUAGACAUUACACGCAAUUUCUCGGAUCACUGCCCAGAGAUAUCUACGCCUGAUAAUGUGAUCAAUUGGCUUGCCGGACUGCUUGAGAAGGGCGGAAAGGAAUGA